UUUUAGUUAACAAAUUUAGCCGCAUAAGCGACAGCGCUUUUCAACAUUCAAGUGCUUUUGCAUUCGUUAUAAAUUCUGGUUAUCAAACAGCAACAAAUAAGGCAAUAAACAUGGCUGCACGCGAUGCCGCAUCGAAUCAACUGCUCGACUAUAAGAAUACCUUAAAGGAGUCUCCGGGCGCUAUUACAACUGGCAGUGGUGCCCCAAUUGGCAUUAAGGAUGCCAUUCAAACGGUGGGACCUCGUGGUCCAGCACUUCUGCAGGAUGUCAAUUUCUUGGAUGAGAUGGCCCACUUCGAUCGGGAGCGUAUUCCAGAGCGUGUGGUGCACGCCAAGGGAGCUGGUGCCUUUGGUUACUUUGAGGUGACUCACGAUAUAAGCCAAUAUUGUGCCGCUAAGAUCUUUGAGAAGGUUAAGAAGCGCACUCCAUUGGCCGUACGCUUCUCCACCGUGGGUGGUGAGAGUGGUUCCGCUGAUACGGCACGGGAUCCACGUGGAUUUGCUGUCAAGUUCUAUACGGAUGAUGGCGUUUGGGAUUUGGUGGGCAACAACACUCCCAUUUUCUUUAUUCGCGAUCCCAUACUGUUCCCGAGCUUCAUCCACACCCAGAAGCGUAAUCCACAAACGCAUUUGAAGGAUGCUGACAUGUUCUGGGAUUUCCUGACUCUGCGUCCCGAAUCAACGCAUCAGGUGUCGUUCUUGUUCAGCGAUCGUGGCACUCCCGAUGGCUAUACCCACAUGAAUGGAUAUGGUUCGCACACCUUUAAGCUGGUUAAUGCCAAGGGUGAACCUGUCUAUGCCAAGUUCCACUUUAAGACGGAUCAGGGCAUUAAGAAUUUGGAUGUGAAGACCGCUGCGGAUCUGGCUUCAUCUGAUCCAGAUUAUAGCAUUCGUGAUUUGUACAAUCGCAUCAAGAACUGCAAAUUCCCCAGCUGGUCGGUGUACAUUCAGGUCAUGACCUUCGAGCAGGCCAAGAAGUUCAAGUAUAAUCCAUUCGAUGUGACCAAGGUUUGGUCCCACAAGGAGUAUCCAUUGAUACCUGUUGGCAAAAUGGUGCUCGAUCGCAAUCCCAAGAAUUACUUUGCCGAGGUCGAACAGAUUGCCUUCAGUCCGGCCCAUUUGGUGCCCGGCAUUGAGCCAUCGCCGGACAAGAUGUUGCAGGGUCGUCUAUUCUCCUACUCGGACACGCAUCGUCAUCGUUUGGGACCCAACUAUCUGCAGAUUCCAGUCAAUUGCCCUUACCGUGUUAAGGUCAGCAAUUUCCAACGCGAUGGCUUCAUGAAUGUCACCGACAAUCAGGAUGGUGCUCCCAACUAUUUCCCCAACUCGUUCAAUGGUCCCCAGGAGUGUCCACGUGCCCGUGCUCUCUCCACCUGUUGCCCCGUGACUGGUGAUGUCUAUCGCUAUAGCAGCGGCGAUACGGAGGAUAAUUAUGGCCAAGUUACCGAUUUCUGGGUGCAUGUGCUCGACAACUGCGCCAAGAAGCGUCUCGUCCAGAAUAUUGCUGAUAAUUUGAGCAAUGCCAGUCAAUUCUUGCAGGAGCGUGCCGUGAAGAACUUUACCCAGGUUCACGCCGAUUUUGGACGCAUGCUUACGGAGGCACUAAAUCUGAUCAAAUCGUCCAAAUUCUAAAUAAUUUACACCCAGUGGGUUUCGCUUAAUACAAUUUUGAGAGUACACCUUAUUAUUGCACAUUAUUUCCAUCUCCCACUGAACCUUUUUCUUCGGUUGCGGGCAAUGUUUUUAUGGUUCUAUAAUGCUCUUUCCCCAUGCGUGUGCCUUAUUUUAAAAUGCUAAAUUGUAGCUGUAAUAUAAAACACAUAUAUGUUAUCGAUUUGUAAUAAAUCUUUCUUUUGAUAUAAAAAGAA